AUGAAAUUCAUCAUUGUUUUAUUAUUAGCUUUCUUAGCUUUCGCCACUGCUAGGGUUACUUUCGAAAGUUCAACUGGUGAUUGUGAUUUUACCUUAGAUGCAGAUAAAUGUUAUGCCUACCUAGCUGGAAACACCUGUAGUUCACUUAUCCAAAAGGAAAUUGAAAUUAUCUGUAAUCAUUCAAUUGCAAUUCCUUCCGAUGGUAAAAAUACUUUUACUGCUAUGUGCUAUGACUUUGAUAGCAGCAGCUCAUCAACCCUUUAUGUUAGCUUCACUAUUUUAUUAUUAGGUUUAUUAGCUGCUUUAUUAUAG